GAUACCACAUGUUAACCCAUAAAUGAGGAAUUCACUGGGUCAACCAAAUUUGACUUGUUCUUUAGUUGAACUCAGCUUCCCUUCUCUCAUUUUUCAUAAGUCACUCACAUGAUUCCCAAUUGUACAAUUGAAUUAAUGGCAAGUGACCACAUGGAGGUGGGGUUCACUUGUUCAUCAUCAUUACGCCAAACAUUAUAUUUGAGACACAUCAACCGCUAUUCUUAAAUUAUAUAUAGCCUUAGUUCACUUCACUCCAAAAUUCAAGGGAGCCUGUUCUUUCUUUCUCUUGCUCUUGCGCUGCAACUACUCUCUCUAGCUUAGCAAAAAUGGUCUCAGCUUCUUCUCCUCCUUCCAAGGAAGUUAAUUCAGACGGAAAAUGGACAGAAAAUGGACCUAUCCGAAAUGCCAAAUGGUGGUACUCGACCUUUCACACCGUCACGGCCAUGAUAGGCGCAGGAGUUCUAAGCCUACCUUAUGCCAUGGCUUAUUUGGGAUGGGGACCAGGGACGAUGUUGUUGUUGUUAUCUUGGUGUCUGACCUUGAAUACAAUGUGGCAAAUGAUCCAACUCCACGAGUGUGUUCCGGGGACGCGGUUCGACCGUUAUAUUGAUCUGGGUCGACAUGCUUUCGGACCAAAGCUUGGACCUUGGAUUGUGCUUCCUCAGCAGUUAAUUGUCCAAGUUGGGUGUGAUAUUGUGUAUAUGGUCACUGGGGGGCAAUGCCUCAAGAAGUUCAUGGAGAUAGCUUGCACGAAUUGCACACAAAUCAAGCAAUCGUACUGGAUUCUCAUCUUCGGGGGCCUCCAUUUCUUCCUCUCUCAGCUUCCCAAUUUCAACUCUGUUGCAGCUGUUUCAUUAGCAGCAGCUAUUAUGUCUCUGUGCUAUUCAACUAUCUCGUGGGUGGCAUGCUUGGCCAGAGGUCCAAUAGAGAAUGUGAGCUACGCAUACAAGAAGACAACCUCGACAGAUUUAAUGUUCAGGGUGUUCAAUGCAUUUGGUGAGAUCUCAUUUGCAUUUGCCGGCCAUGCAGUGGCCCUUGAAAUUCAGGCCACAAUCCCUUCAACCCCCGAGAAGCCCUCAAAAGUAUCCAUGUGGAAGGGUGCCCUAGGUGCCUAUUUUGUUAAUGCUAUAUGCUAUUUCCCAGUGGCCCUUAUAGGGUACUGGACUUUUGGGCAAGCCGUCGAAGACAAUAUCCUUAAGUCUCUUGAAAAGCCUGCUUGGCUCAUUGCCUCUGCAAAUUUGAUGGUCUUUGUUCAUGUUGUUGGCAGUUACCAGGUUUACGCCAUGCCUGUGUUCGAUCUGAUAGAGAGGAUGAUGAUCAAGAGAAUGAACUUCCAGCCUGGAUUAACACUCAGACUUGUUGCUCGAACUUCUUACGUAGCUUUUACAUUGCUCGCUGGGGUGACCUUCCCAUUCUUUGGCGAUCUUCUUGGGUUUUUUGGAGGAUUUGGUUUUGCUCCCACCGCCUAUUUUCUUCCAAGCAUAAUGUGGCUCAUAAUCAAGAAGCCAAGGAGAUUCAGCAUCAACUGGUUCAUCAAUUGGGUUGGAAUAUUCAUAGGAGUGUCCAUUAUGUUGGCUUCCACAAUUGGUGGCUUCAGGAAUAUUAUUGCUGAUGCCUCGACGUAUAGUUUCUACACUUAAAAACGUCAGUACUUAGUACUGUAUCCCAAGAAUACGUCAAAUGUAAUUAAUCUGCUUGGUUAGGCUGCUUUGGCUAGUGACCCUCUUUUUUACCAUGAUAUUUGAGAGGCCAGGCCUUUUUCAUAAGUAGAAAUUUAGUUUUUAAGUGAGUACUAUAAAGUUCUUCGGUAGAAUUAUUACAUAUGAUAAAUGUGUAAUUUAAUGACAUGAAAACUCCUCUAUAAAUAACGGGUUGUAGGUUUGAUCUCGUUUGUAGUCUCAGGUCAUUAGUGCCUGCCCUUAUGAUUAUAAAAAAAAAAAAAACAAAGAGAAUAAUUACA